CUUUCCAAUUCACUUGACCCCAAAUCUCUCUCCCCAAUUAACUCUCUUUAUUAUCUAUCCUUCUAACCAUUUCUCUCUCUCUCUCUCUCUCUCUCUCUCCGAAGACCAACAAUGGCAGAUUGGGGUCCGGUGGUGAUCGGAGUUGUACUCUUCGUACUUCUUCAACCGGGACUGAUAAUUCAGAUCCCCGGAAACGGCCGCGUCUUGGAAUGGGGCGGCAUGAAAACGAACGGCAAGGCUAUAUGUGUACACGCCCUUAUCUUCUUCGCUAUCUAUGCUGUUCUAAUCUUGGCCGUCCAAGUUCAUAUCUAUACUGGCUGAUCUAUCCAUCCUCAAUCCUGUAAUUCCUGAUUCCAGAAUCUUCUACUCUUUUUUUUUUUUGAAAUAAUCUUCUACUUAAUUUAUUGCCUUAUCACAAUUACAUAUAUUUGUCUGUUUUUCUUUUCCAAAAACAAAAAUGUUAUGUCUUGUUCAGUUGUUCCUCAAUGAAAUCGAAUUGUUCUU